GCAGCUAAGAGAUUACUUGAAGAUUUGAAACAAUUAAAUCGUCAAAGUGAGCUCAAAUACAUAUCUGCUCAACCACUGUCUAAUAAUUUAUUUGAAUGGCAUUGUAAUCUGUAUGGAAAUGAAGAAUCCAUGUAUAAGGAGUGUUGUUAUCAUUUCAUUAUCAAGUUUCCAAAAGAUUAUCCUCACAAUCCACCACAAAUUGAAGCAUGUUCUGAUUUGUUACAUCCACAAGUUUACAAUAGAAAAGUAUGCUUGGAAUUGACUCAACAGAAGGAAGGCACCGAAGAGAAUGCAGAUGGAUGGAGUUGUUCAUAUACUGUAUUUUCAAUUCUAAUGCAAUUGCAAUCUUUCUUAUUCGAU